AUGGCUGACCACUCGACGCAAGGAACGCUGCGGACGGUCGCGAACGCUGCAGCCCAGGCGGCCCAUUCUGUCACCAGCACUCUCGGGCUUGGAUCGACUCCAAAGAUCCAACAAUUGGAAAAGGAAGCGAUUGUAGCAAACGACAACACAUCAUUUACCACAGCCUUCGGCGUGCCGGUUGCCACGGUCGAUGACUCUCUGAAAGCCGGAGAGCGCGGUCCUACUCUCCUCGAUGACUUUGUGUUCCGGGACCGCAUGGCCCAUUUUGAUCGCGAACGCAUCCCCGAGCGAGUGGUGCACGCCAGAGGAAUCGGCGCUCACGGUUACUUUGAGGCUUACGAAGAUCUGUCGGACAUCACCAUGGCGGCGCCUUUCCAGAAGAAGGGCAAGACGACCCCAGUGUUUAUGCGUAUCUCAACCGUUCAGGGAUCCAAAGGCUCUGCCGAUACCGUCCGCGAUGUCAGAGGAUUCUCCGUAAAGUUCUACACCGAAGAAGGCAACUGGGACUUUGUCGGAAACAACAUUCCGGUCUUUUUCAUUCAAGACGCGAUCAAGUUCCCCGACUUGGUGCACGCUCUCAAGCCUGAGCCACACACCGAGAUCCCCUCAGGUCAGACUGCCCACGACAAUUUCUGGGACUUUGUCUCCCUCACCCCAGAAUCCACACACAUGUUGACCUGGAUUAUGAGCGACCGGACCAUCCCACGCUCGUUGCGCAUGAUUCAGGGGUUCGGAGUUCACACCUUCCGUCUCAUCAACAAGGCAGGCGUUAGCCGAUUCGUCAAGUUCCACUGGCGACCAAAGCCCGGAGUUCAUUCCUUGGUGUGGGACGAAGCUCUGAAGACCAACGGUCGCGACCCCGACUUCCACCGCCGCGACCUCUACGAAGCCAUUCAGUUUGGCGACUACCCCGAAUGGGAACUGGGUUUCCAGAUCCUUACGGAGGAGGAGGCAGAUAAGCUGCCCUUCGACAUCUUGGAUGCCACCAAGAUCAUCCCUGAGGAACUUUUCCCGGUCCGUUACGUUGGCAAGAUGGUACUCAACCGAAACGUCGACGAGUUCUUCGCCGAGACUGAGCAAGCGGCUUUCCACCCCGGUGUCGUGAUUCCCGGUAUCGGAUUCUCCGACGACCCUCUUCUGCAAGGCCGCCUGUUUUCCUACAGCGACACACAGUUCUAUCGUGUUGGUACCAACUACCAGCAGUUGCCCAUCAACAGGCCUGUGUGUCCUGCACGCAACCACCAGCGUGAUGGCGCUAUGCGCUUGAACAUUACCAAGGGCCAGGCCAAUUACCACCCCAACUCAUUGGGCGGUGGAUGCCCCGUGAUGAACCCCAACGGAUAUGUACACCACCCGGCCAAGGUUUCUGGAGUCAAGGUCGCCAGGCGAUCAGGCAGCUUCUCCGACCACUUCAGUCAGGCUCGCAUGUUCUAUAACUCGAUGACCGAGACCGAGAAGGGCCAUAUGCAGGAUGCCUUCACCUUCGAACUGAGCAAAGUGACCACUCAAGGUGUGCAGCAGCGUGUCGUGGACCUGCUCAACAACGUCGACAACAAGCUCGCCACCUCUAUCGCGUACAGGAUUGGCGCGAAGGAACCUGCAGCUGCUCCUGCCCCUGCCGGCGCCGCCGCCCCCAUCCCAUCCUCCAAAUUCCUGUCGAUCAUCAACAACAACGCAUACGACACCAUCAAGGGACGGAGGGUCGCCAUCUUCCUCAUGCCCGGCUAUGAUUCGUCAGCGGCGGAGUUGAUCGGCGCAUUGACAGGUGCUGGCGCCUUACCCCAGAUCGUCUCGGAGACCCCGGCUCCCGUUCCUGACGCAUCCGGAAAUGCCACCACCACGCCACUUUUCACAUUCUUCGCGUCGUCUUCCACACAGUUCGAUGCCUUCUUCAUCCCUGGUGGCCGCAAGGCUGUGGAUGCAUUGCUCCAGAAUGCCACCGCCCUCGCGCAAAUCGGUGAAGGUUACAAGCAUCUCAAAGCCAUCUUGGCAGUCAACGAAGGUAUUGAAGUAUUGCGCAAGCUCGGCAUUCAAGCACCGCUGGCAGUAAACGAGAAAGAUGUCGUCUCUGAAUACGGCGUCACGACCGCACUUGGCGUUGGCUCUGGCGUUUCUGGGAAAGUAGGAAAGGCCAUCGGUUCCGCCGUCGGUGCCGCUGGAGGUGCUGCAGCAAAAUUGGCUGAUGUGACUGCUGGAUUGCCCGACUGGAUCGUCAAGUUCACCACGGGUAUCGCACACCACAAAGCUUGGGAUCGGGAGCCCCUCGCCAACAAGAUGGUCGUCUAG